AGCGGUUCUCUUAUGCAUGCGCAUGCAACGUGCGCCUGGCCACGUCUUGGGUCCAAAACAAAAAUGGAGGAACAGGAAAUCGCCCAGCUGGACCUCCUUUGCAAGCAGUUGUACGAAGCUACCGACACAGCGACGAGAAAUGCGGCGGAAAGAGCGCUAUCCACCUUCACAAACUCCCCCGACUGUCUGACAAAGUGUCAAUAUCUAUUAGAACGAGGGAAUUCAUCUUAUUCCCAACUGAUAGCAGCUUCCUCCUUGACAAGGCUUAUCAGUAAGAAUGCAACACUUCCAGUUGAACAGAGACUUGAUAUGCGUAACUAUAUCCUGAACUACCUUGGAACAAGACUAAAUCUUGCUACUUAUGUUUCACAGUCACUUAUACAGUUUCUUGCCAGGUUAACAAAACUAAGCUGGUUUGAUGUGCAGAAAAAUGAGUUGGUGUUUAGGACUAUUGUAGAUGAUGUUGGAAAAUUUCUGCAGGGUUCAGUAGACCAUUGUAUUAUUGGUGUCCAUAUCCUGUCACAGUUAGUGUGCGAGAUGAACCAGGCUGAUUCAACAAGAUCACUCACCAAACACAGAAAGAUUGCAUCAUCAUUCAGAGACCUGUCUCUAUUUAACAUCUUCAAUCUGUCUAUCACUCUUUUACGUGAGGCCUAUAACAAACAGCUGAACUUGCAAGAUGGGAGUCAGCACAGCCUGAUGAGCUAUCUUCUCCAACUCACAUGUAACUGUCUGUCGUUUGAUUUCAUUGGCACCUCCAUGGAUGAGUCAUCAGAUGACCUUGGCACAGUUCAGAUACCAACUAGCUGGAGGGGAGCAUUCUUAAAUUUUGCCACUCUGCAGUUAUUUUUUGAUUUGUACAGAGCUCUGCCAACCUCACUUUCUCCAAUGGCCCUGUCAUGUUUAGUGCAGCUAGCAUCAAUAAGACGGUCACUGUUUAACAAUAAUGAAAGAGCCAAGUUCCUGGAGCAACUGGUUCAAGGUGUCAAGAGAAUUCUAGAAUCUCCACAGUCACUAGCAGAUCCCAAUAAUUAUCAUGAGUUUUGCCGACUCCUAGCAAGACUAAAGUCUAACUACCAGCUGGGAGAAAUAGUGAAGGUUGAGGGAUACAGUGAGUUUAUCGCACUUAUAGCAAAGUUCACUGUCACAAGUUUACAGAUGUGGCAGUUUGCUCCUAAUAGUCUGCAUUAUCUUUUGAGUCUGUGGCAAAGGAUGGUUGCUUCAAUGCCUUACGUGAAGAACACAGAGCCACACCUUUUAGAAACAUAUGCUCCUGAGGUCACCAAAGCCUAUGUGACAUCACGCCUGGCCUCAGUAGAAGUGGUUAUAAGGGAUAGUGCAGAGGAUCCACUGGAUGAUUCAGGAACAGUUCAACAACAGCUAGACCAGCUUUCCACUUUUGGACGAUGCGAAUAUGAAAAGACAUGUCAACUGUUAAUUUCACUAUUUGACCAAGCAGCACAGAGAUACCAGGAGCUGGUACAGAACACUUCAGCUUCCACAACAGACUUGACCAUCCAGGAAGGUCGUCUAACAUGGCUUGUGUAUAUCAUUGGUUCAGUUAUUGGUGGACGUGUGUCCUACUCGACAGUCGAUGAGUAUGAUGCACUGGAUGGUGAACUUGUUUGUAGGGUUCUACAGCUAAUGAAUUUAACUGACUCUCAACUCUCUCAGCGAGGAAGCGAGAAGCUGGAGCUCGCUAUUCUGAGUUUCUUUGAGCAAUUUCGUAAAAUGUACGUUGGUGACCAGGCUCAGAAAACAUCCAAGGUGUAUAGACGACUCUCUGAUAGACUCGGACUCCAUGAUGAAUCGAAUGUUUUGAGCGUCUUCAUGGGAAAAAUAAUCACCAACAUGAAGUUCUGGGGCACCAGUGAGGCUAUUAUUUCUAAAACCUUACAGCUUCUAAGCGAUCUGUCUGUUGGCUAUAGCAGUGCUCGUAAACUGGUCAAGUUGGACGCAGUACAGUUUGUACUUAGCAAUCAUACGAGUGAGCACUUUCCCUUCCUUGGAACUCACACUACUCGAGCUUACAAAGACAUGCGCAGUAGAACCACAUUUUACAUUGCCCUUGGCAGACUGUUGAUGGUGGACUUGGGCGAGGAUGAUGAGAAGUUUGAAUCGUUCAUGACUCCGAUCACAAGCAACAUGGAUUCAGUAGCAAGUCAGUUAGUUGCUGUGGGAAAUAAUGCUUUCCAACAAGAGGAAACUAAGCGUACUCUUGUUGGUCUGUGUCGAGACAUCCGUGGACUCGCCUUUGCUUUUAACAGUAAAUCCAGCUAUAUGAUGUUAUUUGACUGGAUCUAUCCCACAUAUACAUCAGUUCUCCUGCGGGCGAUCGAAUGGUGGUACCAUGAUCCUAACGUGUCCACACCAGUGUUAAAACUCAUGGCUGAAUUGGUUCAAAACCGAUCACAAAGACUGCACUUUGAUGUCUCCUCGCCCAAUGGAAUUCUACUCUUCAGGGUCACCAGUGAGAUGAUCGUAGCUUACGGGUCACGUAUUCUCACAUUAACAGACACACCUGAAGACCAGAUGUACAAACUCAAGCUCAAAGGCAUCGCGAUUUGCUUCUCCAUGUUGAAGGCCGCCCUAUGUGGUGGUUAUGUCAACUUCGGUGUGUUUGGUUUAUACGGCGAUAACGCUUUGGAAAAAGCGCUGAAAACGUUCGUGGAACUUCUUUCUUCCAUUCCUCACAGCAAUCUAUUGGAGUAUCCAAAACUUAGUCAGUCGUAUUACGCUUUGCUGGAGAUUCUAGCUCAGGAUCACAUGAAUUUUCUAAGUAGUCUUGAACCUCAAGUUUUUAUGUAUAUAUUAUCCUCCAUAUUGGAGGGCCUCACAGCUUUAGAUAUUAUGGUAUGCACUGGAUGCUGCGGCACGCUAGACUUUAUAGUAACACACUUGUUCAAAACGCUCUCAAAGAGACGCAAGAAAAACGCGAACGGGAUGGAAGCACAACCGCCAUGUUUAAGAAUUCUGGAGUCCCACCCUGAAAUGAUUCAACAGAUGUUGUCGACAGUACUGAACAUUGUCAUGUUUGAGGAUUGUAAAAACCAGUGGUCGAUGUCUAGGCCCCUACUUGGCCUUAUUCUGUUGAAUGAGAAGUAUUUUCAAGAGUUGCAACGGAAUGUUAUUGCGAUGCAGCCUCUGGAGAAACAAGAGGACAUGGCGCAGUGCUUCAGGAAUCUCAUGGAAGGAGUGGAACCAUCGCUAAUCACCAAAAACAGGGACAGAUUCACACAAAACUUAUCAAUAUUCAGACGCGAGGUGAACAACUCGUUAAAAGCCCCAAGUAAUGGAAGUGGGGCUGUCAAAUCUGAGGGAGGAGUUGAUAUGGUGGCGUAACAGCUGUUGACAGACUGGUCAGUCAAUACGAAGAUUGUCGCCCUCGUGAUAAUCAGAAGAAGCGUGAGAGAAAGAAGAAGUCACCAUCGUGGUACUCCCGAAUCGCUACCAACGGAGAUUUGGUAAUGAAGCCGUUUCUUUGACGGUUUCUGAUUCAUGGAUUGACUGAAUAAUCGAGCGAAGAAAGCAAUAGCUAGUCUCCUACGAACCGUUCAUUCAGUUCAAGUGGUUCGUGGAUUGUUUCGAUGCGAACAGUGUUUUUUCCGUGAAUGUGUCUUGUUGGUGGCUUUGCCACGGUAGCGCGCGGUAAAAAUGAAAGAAAAAUUUAGCAUUCUUCAUCAGUGUCAAAUGUUAAAAUUUCAAACAAAGCUAAGUGAAAAAUAGAAUAGAAUAGAAUAGAAUAGAAUACAUGUAGUGUAUCCUCUAACGUGAAACAUUGAAUUUUUUCUCAGCGGUCUACAAAGAAGAUGCCAGAAAUCCUAACUGCAUCUUACUGAACCUAAUAUUGAGCUAUUAUUUACUGCCAUCCCCAAACAACUUCGUUUUCAGUCUGUUCGUUCCACUGCUCCAUCAGGUUCCUACUCCAGAAAACGUUAUCAGAGAAUUUCAUGCAGUGCUUGUACUCCAGCUGUUAAUUAGGAUACUUCGGUUAAUUAGUAUAGUUCAGUUUAUUAGGAUUAAAUGAAUGUCUCGCUUGUUCA